CACCACAUAAGGUAGAGAACCCCGUUUCGUUCUUCCUUUCUUCCGGUCAACAUGACUGGGUUUUCAAGCAAGCCGAUUCUGAUAGACGGCCAAGGCCAUUUGCUCGGCCGUCUCGCUGCCAUAGUCGCCAAGACACUCUUGACAGGGCAGAAGGUGGUUGUAGUACGAUGUGAAGGGAUCUGUAUAUCUGGUAGUUUCUUCAGGAACAAGCUGAAGUUCCUGUCUUUCCUUCGCAAGCGAUGCAACGUGAACCCUGCUCGAGGCCCGUAUCACUUCAGGGCCCCCAGCAAGAUCUUCUGGCGCACUGUCAGGGGUAUGCUACCCCAUAAGACUAAGCGUGGAGCCAAUGCUCUGGACCGCCUCAAGAUGUUUGAGGGCAUUCCUCCUCCGUAUGAUCGCAAGAAGCGCAUGGUCGUCCCCUCUGCACUCAGAGUGCUCAGGCUCAACCCCAGACGGAAGUACUGUACUCUUGGACGGCUGGGACAUGAGGUUGGCUGGAAGUACUCUAAUGUCAUAGAGUCUCUGGAACUCAAGAGAAAGGCAAAAUCUGCUCUCUAUUACAAGAACAAGAAGAGGGACCAGAAACUUUUUGCGGAGGCAAAGGUGCAGCUGGCGAAGCAACUGGAGCCUAUGAAGAAGGUGAUUGAGAGCUACGGCUACACGGCGUAGCGUCUGUAAAAAAUAAAAGCUCUUGAGAUUUAUUC